GGGCUGGCUGAGCCGCCGGACCCUCGUCCGUCCCACCCACCCCGGCAUGGAUGGGCGCUGCUGACGGAGCCAUGAAGACGCUCAUCGCUGCCUACGCGGGGGUCCUGCGAGGGACCGGUUCCAGCAUCUUGUCGGCCCUUCAGGAUCUGUCUUGGCUGUCCAAGUCAAAAGUGGAGAAGCAACUGCAGAUCAUUUCUGUGCUGCAAUGGGUGGUCUCAUUCCUUAUGAUGGGUAUUAUAUGCACCAUUAUCCUCAUAUAUAUGCUUUGCACAGACUGUUGGAUUAUAGCAGUUCUAUACUUGGUGUGGUACGCCUUCGACUGGAACACUCCUAGUAAGGCUGGAAGGAGAUCACAGUGGAUUAGGAACUGGGCCAUCUGGAGGUACUUCCGGGAUUACUUUCCAAUCCGAAUGAUCAAAACUCACAACCUGGCCCCCAAUCGGAAUUACAUUUUUGGCUACCACCCGCACGGAAUCAUGUCCCUGGGUGCCUUCUGCAACUUUAGCACUGAGGCCACAGGAGUGAGCCAGAUCUUCCCCGGGAUACGUCCGUAUGUCACCACACUCACGGGAAACUUCCGGUGGCCCAUUCUGAGGGACUACUUGAUGACCGGAGGUCUCUGCCCCGUGAACCGCAACACCAUAGACUACCUCCUGUCCCAAAACGGCACUGGCAACGCGGUCGUCAUCGUGGUGGGGGGCGCUGCGGAGUCCUUGAAUUGCGCCCCGGGGAAAAACUGUGUGACUCUGAAGCACCGGAAGGGGUUUGUGAAGCUGGCAUUAAGACAUGGGGCCGAUCUGGUCCCCAUUUACUCCUUUGGGGAGAACGAAGUCUUCAAACAGAUCAUUUUUGAAGAGGGAUCCUGGUGCAGAUGGGUGCAGAAGAAAUUGCAGAAGUAUAUCGGCGUGGCUCCGUGCAUCUUCCAUGGACGGGGGGUCUUCUCCUCCAACAGCUGGGGGUUGGUGCCUUAUGCCAGGCCCGUCACGACCGUCGUCGGCGAGCCCAUCACAAUUCCCAAAACGGACAAUCCCUGCCAGAAGGAGAUAGACUUUUAUCACAACCUGUACGUACAGUCUCUGGACAGACUCUUUGAGAAGUACAAGACGAAAUUCGGCCUGUCGGAGUCGGAGACGUUGGAGAUCAACUGAUGGCACCCGCGCGACGACGCUGCCUUGGGGGGACUUAAAUUUUCUGGCGGGCUUGGAAAAACCGGCGCCAAAAGAGACUCUUUCUGCCAGUCCAAUUGUUUUGUCUUCUGCUCUGUGGAAUUGGGGGAAUCAAGCAUGGAUGUGUAGAGAAGAUAAAGGAAUAUUGUCUAAAUAUUCAAAUAUUAGAUCUCUCUUAGAGCCAGUGUAUCGUUCGGCUGCUGACAGAGCUGCCUUGUCUCCUUAAAGAGGUAAUGAAUCCCCUCAUCCCACCUCAAUCUCCAAGGUCAGCCAGCCGCCAUCUUUACAGGCCACCAUCUUUGAAUGGAGACCUUGUCUGCAAAAAGCAGGAACUCCGUCUCCGACUUGGGACGUGCCGUCGCUGCUUCUUCUGAGAGGGAAAACACCGAGAAAUGGAUAAGAAAUGGGGAAGAAAAGAGAUGCAGAUUGGAGCCUACUAAUAUCUGUAUUUCAGAGAGUCUCUUCUGAUUGUCUGAUUUCUAUGUUAAGUAUCCAAAUUAGGUUUAGGGUAGCCAUUUUGGAAAGAAACUCCUUCAAAUACCUCCCCUAAUCUCAGGAAAUCAGAAAUGAUAGCUGGUCCAUUUAUAUUGUUUGCAACUCUUGGGCUCCUCACCAGUAGAACAUGCGUGAUUGUUGUGACCCAGGCCCAAGUAGGUAGACCUAAUCAAUGCAAACAGUUUGAAAACAAACAGGCUUUAUUAGAACAGCUGAGAUUUAACUCAUUCUCAGCGUAGUCCAAACUAAAUCAAACAAAGUCUUCGUGAAGUCUUAUCACCAACCUUGGUAUAAUUAGGCAAACUGCCAAAGGCUUCUCUUGGCAAAAGUUCAGAAGCAGAGGACGCCGCGCAAAAUAAGAACCAAGUUUAUCAACGUUGUUUUCUGACAAAAAACCCAAGAGCCAUUGCUGGUCUUUUAAGCCUUAUGGGAGGGGCCAAUCAUCUCUUGGCCUUACUCCUGAGUUGUCCUCUUUGCUUUAUCUGCUCCUGUCUUCUGGCAGCUCUUCUCAUAUGUGCACUAAGAACAGGCUCCUCCUGUUCCUCUGCCUCUCUGCUGUCAGCCUCUGGAGGCUCCGGAGUCCGCACAUCACUCCCUGAUGGCCCUGGCCCCAUCUCUGCCUCCGAUGCAGAGCCCUCAUCUGGGCCUUCCCCAGCCUCCAGGACUGGCCCAUGUUCUUCCUCAGCCUCAUCGCUGUCCGACUCCUCUGCCAGCUCCGCAGGCUGCUGGUGGACCACAACAGUGAUGACGUCUGGGCAGGUGGGCGGAGCCUCCUGCUGCCGCCGCUACCGGUUUGUUCGAACAGGGAGAACCGGUAGAAACCUGUCACUGCUCCUCACAGAUCUCAAUACGCUAUCCAUCCUUCCUUGCUUUUAAAAGAAGCGCUCUUCACAACUCGGGUCUUUCUGCAUUUAGAAUUGCACGCUCUCUCUCGUGUUGACCCUUCUCAUACAGGUAGUCCUCGCCUUACGACCCAACAUGGAGCCCCAGAUUUCUGUGGCUGGGGCGAGAUGGCGGCAAAGCGAGUUUUGCCCCAUUUUACGGCCUCCCUCGCCACAGGUGUGAAGUGAAAUCGCAGCCAUUGUUCAACUUAGUCACACGGCCGUGAAGGGAAUCUGAGUCCCCCCCCCAUGGAUUUUGUUUUGUCAGAAGGUCGCAAAAGGGGAUCGCAUGACCCCCAGGACAAGCGACCGUCAUAAAUAUGAGCCAGUUUUUCAAGUGUCCGAAUUUUGAUCCCGGGGAUGCUGCAAUGGUCGUAAGUGUGAAAAAUAGCCAUAAGUCACUGUUUUUCAGUGCCGUUGUAAUUUCAAACUGUCACUAAAUGAACUGUUGUAAGUUGAAGGCGACCUGUCCUUUUUUUUUUUUUUUUUUUUAACCUUAGGGAUCUCUGUGAAUCUGGUAUUUCAAGGGUUCAGAGUAGAGUGCAAGGGACAACCCAGCUGAGUUAGUGCAGUAGGUCAACCCUUUCUCUUGAUUGCACCUGGUUCUGGUCCUCCUGGACCAGAUCAGCUCUAACCACCUGGUUGCCUUCACACAAAAUGCUAAGCUUUCAGGUUUUUUCGUGUGGUUUUUUUUUGGGUUGUACGAACCCAGCUUGUUAACGGAUGGUUUAGGGCCGUGAUGGCGAACCUAUGGCAUGCGUGCCACAGGUGGCACGUGGAGCCAUAUCUGUGGGCACAUGAGCGUUGCCCUAGCUGAGCUCCAGCGCGCAUGUACGCACCGGCCAGCUGAUUUUCAGGCCUUCCGGGCCCACUGGAUGUUGGGAAACGAGCCGUUUCCAGCCUCCGGGGGGAGGGGAGGCCGUUUUUGCCCUCCCCAGGCUCCAAGAAAGACUCUGGAGCCUGAGGAGAGCAAAAAAUGGUCCUUCCGAGCCCACUGGAAGUCGGGAAACGAGUCGUUUCCAGCCUCCAGAGGGCCUCCGGAGGGGGUGGGGGAGGCCAUUUUCACCCUCCCCAGGCUCCAAGAAAGCCUCUGGAGAUUGGGGAGGGCGAAAAAACAGGCCUAUCAGGCCUACCAGUAACCUUUUUGCCGUCACUGGUUAGCCAUCACUGGUUUAGGGUAUUGGACCCUAAUUUUAGGGUCCAUUUUACUGUAUAUAAAAGCCAGGGAGAAAUAUUUUGUAGUGAAAGGUGAGGUGGGGGGGAAACGACUGACAAAUAUUUUUUUUGUGAGUGAAACACUUCUGUUUUCGAUAGACACAUGUGGGAGAGCUUUGAUAGGUUUUUUCCCCCCUGAAAUCUCUUAACGUUUGUCCUUGCCUUUAAAGCGUCACUGGUUUUUUUGGAGGGGGGGGGACAUCCUGCCAAGUUUUGCCCAUCCUACUGUAGAAAUCUCAACCAUCAAAAAUAUUUUUCUUUUUGCCUGCUUUUUUUUGCAGCUUUGUGCUUAGACCUUCUGGGGCCUAGAAUUCCUUCUGGGCAAUUCCAUCCGCCUCUCUCUCUUAUUUUCCUCAGUUUUGGUUACCCCCUUUUCCACCUCAUCUACAGCCUAAUCCCUAAUAAUGGCUUGAUUGAUCAGGGGUCCUUACUGAGCCCUAAAUGUUCUCCUACAUUGGAGAAUGGACUUGUUCUUCAAAGGCAGGACAAGAAAGCAAUGGGGUGGGAGCUUGUUAAGGAGAGAUCCAACUUAGAAAUAAGGAGAAAUUUCCUGACACAACAAUCUUAUUGGUGGAACAGAUUCCCUCCGGAAGUUGUGGGUGAUCCAUCACUGGAGGUUUCCCAAAACAGACUGGACAAAUAUUUGACCAGGAUGGUAUAAGGGGGUUGAGCAGGAGGUUGGAUUAGAACAGUGGUGGGAUUCAGCAGGUUCGGGCGAAUUGGUAGUUAAAUUGUUGGCUGGUUCCUCCCCUCACCGCCCCUUCCAGGAAUCCCCACGUGCCCCGUUUGCGCACCCAGGAGGCUGCAGGGACGCACCUCACCUAUCCCCAAUUUAUAACUUUUGGCUGUUCCAAGAAGAUCCCACACCUCUGAUUCAGGUGACCCCGAGGUCACAGAUAAAACCCCAAGUAACCACAACGGCUCUCGGAGAGCGUGAAGACCAGUUGACUGCAUGGAAACUCAAUGUUUCCAUCUGUCCCCCAUCCUGUCCAAACCCUUCAUUCCCCCUCCUACCAACUGACCUCAACUUUCCGUAACUCUCCUUCCAUCUCCCACACCAUCCAAUAGAACUGAUGAAGCUUCCAGGAUAGGAAGCGAAAUGUCUUCUUUUUCCUCAAAAAAAAAUCAGUCCAGCUCAGUGGUGAAAUCCAUUUUUUUUUACUACCGGUUCUGUGGCUUGGUGGGCGUGGUAUGGCUUGGUGGGCGUGGCAGGGGAAGACCUCCAAAUUCCCUUCCAGAUUCUAUUCUAUUCUGUUCUGUUCUGUUCUGUUCUGUUCUGUUCUAUUCUAUUCUAUUCUAUUCUAUUCUAUUCUAUUCUAUUCUAUUCUAUUCAUCCUAUCCUAUCCUAUCCUAUCCUAUCCUAUCCUAUCCUAUCCUAUCCUAUCCUAUCCUAUCCUAUCCUACUCUACUCUCUUCUGUUACUCUAUUUAUUUCUUAUUCUAGUCUAUUCUUACUCUAUUUCUAUUCUAUUCUUCUUAUUCUUUCUUCUUAUUCUUAUUCCAUUCCAUUCUUCGCUGGUUUUAUUCUAUACCAUCCCAGCCUCCAUUCCAUUUUAGAUUGAUGUAUAUAUGCUAGUUAUCCUGUCUAAUGUAUUUCCUAUUUCUAUAUAUUUCCAUGUUGACUGAAGCUUUGUAGAUGAAUAUAUUCAGAGCCAAUCAUGCUGACAUGUUAACAUUUGUUUAAAUGUUUUGCACUAUUGUAUGUUUUAACCCUUAGCCUUCAAGUAUUUUAAUUGCCAAUAAUGACUGAAGCUAUAGAUGUGCCUUUGUGUAAUGCAGUUUUUUUCCCAAACUUGGCCACUUUAAGGUGUCUGAACUUUAACCCCUAGAAUUCCCCAGCCAGCAUUUAAGUCUGGACAUCUUAAAAGUCAGGUUUGAAAAACACUGGUGUAAUGCAAAAAACCCACGGGCUUAAUUCAUUUCUAAGGUUCUCUGAUCCUACACAUAUAUUCAUUUAGAAAAAUUAGACUGCUGCAGUCUGUAGACAUUUCAUGGAGUAGACUGAACAUAGGGGUUUGGCGGGAAGAUUUUGUAUAAAUUUAUAGAAAUAAACAUUAAACAAAAAUA